UUACAAAAUAUAUAUAUUAAUAGCCAGUCCCUUGCCAGUAGUAAUGCAUUUAAAUCAGAAAUCGGAGCCUAGGGACUAUAACUAUUCCGGUCUAUCUUCGUCAAGAACAAAACAUGUCUCAGCAGAAAGUCUACUCUACAUCCGCGAGGGUUCUCUCUUGGGACGAGGAUAGAUCACCUGCUACUCAAUCUACCUUCCCUCGCUUGACCCCCGCCACAGUCAAAAUGAUCCUCGAUGAUCUCAACUCUGAGGUCACCAGCAGCUAUCAGAUGCUAUACCUCCCUGCAGGGCCUGGCUGCGCAAAGGAUGGAUCUGCUGUUUUUGUCUUCACCGAUCUCAUUGAGUCGGAAGACUUUGAAGGCAGGAAGGGGAGCUUCAUGACCCAGGGCACAGGAAAAUUUGACGCAACAACGUAUCGAGUAGAAGGCAGGUUUGAAAUCGUGCCUCGAAGCGGAAAGGGAGAUCUUGGGGAAAUGUUUAAGGAAGGCGGGAAUGGCAGUUUUAGAUCAGAUGAAAAGAACCCAAGUCAAGUAAAAUACAGGUUUGUGCUCCCCUAAAUGCAGAGUUGGGAAGCAGCCCGUGGAUAUCGAAAUUAUUAGAUAGAGAUACCUCUCUCCCAUCAAGUGCUUUUUACAUCAGACAUAUACUCUAUUCUAUUGCUCAUCAUGAUACAUGUAAUAGCACUCUAACUCUAGCUUUGUCAGAUGAAUUGUCUAUAAGGCAAAUGCAUGGUUAUGGACAACUAAUACUAGUUUGCGUGGAAUCCCGACGGGUGUUCAUAUAAAAGCUACCCGGCGCUAAGCUUAAUUAGAAAAGAUGCUAUCAAG